AUGAUCAGCUCGGCUUCCCAAAGCAAUGACGGCGUACAGGUCCCGUUCUCUGCAUCCUCGACGCGGGCUGGAAGGCCCGGAGCGAGAACAAAGUAUGCACCAAAGGCCUGCCAAGAGUGUCGCCGGCGGCGAGCAAAGUGUGGCGGAGAGAGGCCAAGCUGCUCACGAUGCUGCGCGCGUCAGAUAGCGUGCACAUACACAACCGAGAGCGAUGGACGGGGCACUGCGCAAAAGUCAUAUGUCCGUUUACUGCAGACUCGAAUUGAAUUUCUCGAGCGUAUUCUUUCUUUUCAUUCAAUUGACAUUGAAUCUUCGGCUGCGUACUUGUCCCCGCGUUCCACGCAGCCUCCAAAGACAAAUACGGACUCAACCGUGGAGGCUGUCGGUUGCUCUUCCUCGCCCGAAAACCCGAGUUCCGCAUUGCAGGGGAUUCUUACUGACGAUGAGCCCCUCAACGUCGAUGGAAAUGGUGAAACUAGAUAUUUCGGAUCGACAAGCGGCCGUCACGACCUCUGUCGCCAACUUGAACUACCCCUGCCUCUUUCGCCUGCGCUACCCUCUGGACACUCUAUACAAGCCACUCAACCCGGUGUUCAGUCAGAAGAGGACUUAGAAAGCCACCUUCUUGAGCUCUACUUUAGGUGGGAACAACCCUGGCUGCAAGUAGUUGACGAGACACUUUUCCGAUGGAGUAGGAAAACUGGGGGACGGUAUUGCAGCGACCUGCUGCUUAACUCUAUCCUUGCCAAUGGGAGCAGGUUUAGCGACCGUGUCGACAUUCGUACAGAUAUCGCCGACUCCAACUCGGCUGGUCAAGCAUUCAAGGAUAAGGCUGAACUCUUACUUUAUGACGAGUUGAGACAACCUGGUAUAACUACUCUUCAGGCAUUGACAGUGCUAGGAACAGUCUCUAUUGCAAUGGGGCAAGAUGCCACGGGAUGGAUGUAUCAUGGUAUGGCUAACCGCCUGCUCUAUGAUUUGGGUCUUAAUAUUGACCCUAGUGCACUUCCAAACUCUCUACGUCUGACUGCAGAAGAAGUUGAGUUGAGAAGGCAAAUAUAUUGGUCUUUGUAUUGCGUUGAUAAAUUGGCAUCCGGCUAUACUGGCCGUGUCUGCAUGAUGUUGGACUUGCAAGGCGCUGUGAAUUUGCCUUCGUCCCCAACUGCGUCGCCGACAAGUAUUGACAGUGACGCCGACGGCCUGGCUAGGAAGCGCCGUCUAGUGUCUUUUCAUAACUCCCUUAUUUCUUUGUGCAAAAUUCUCGAGGAAAUAUUCAUGAAAUACGCACCAAAGAAUAUAGCGUCUGAAGACCAAAAGCAUGCUAUAUUUGAAACUUGCAAACUGUCUUUGAGAAGUUGGUUCUAUGAGUUGUCCGAAGAGUUCAAGUUUCACAAGGCUGCUACUCGAAACGGGGUUCUUCCCCAAGUUGUCGCCUUGCAAAUGGUGUACCAUACCUCGGUUAUAUUGCUUGCAAAGCCUUUCAUAUCCAGACACCCAGCAUGUGAAGAUGACGCAUCAAAGUCAGGGCAGCCUAGUAAUGGGUUUACAAAGACAGCGAUUGCGCUCUACAUAGGAGCCGCUCGUGAGGUGAGCGUUCUGUCAGACCAGUACCGCGAAGUGUUUGGCAGUUUUCGUCUGAGUCCAAUCACGCCUACCCAUUCGAAUUUAUCAGCGACCUUGGCCUUGUUAAGCUCAUGUUCAACGAAAAGUCAUAGCAUCAAUACAGCCAGCGGUACUCUUGAGCGUAUUGGGUCAUGUUUGCAAACGCUAGGCGAAUUGUCCACAUCGUGGACGCCAGCACGGAGAUACUAUGAAAGUCUGAGGAAUCUGAUCAAGGAUAGAGGAAUUGAGAUUCCCAACGCUAGCCAGCAAAUUCCUGUCUCGGGUUUAUUGAACGACAAAUCCGCACUCGAGUGGACAGAUAACCCUGAUCCCAAUAUAGCUGGUGAGGAUUUGAGUUGGUUGACAUGGCUGUCAACGAUUGAUAACGAGUGGGGGAAUAUCGAAGGUAUGGGACUAUUUGACCUACCUCUCGAUAUUGAUCAGGAGGCAUCGCAUCCGUAUCCGUCGUCUAUGCCGUGGCAGUGA